GUUAUCAGUGAACAUAUCUGUCAAAAGAAGGAGGAUUGAGGACGAUUAUUUACUCCCAUAAGAAAAGCUGUAUAUCCUAUCACUUUUGUUUUAGUUAAAUGUAACAUGUCUCGAGUUAUAUAUAAAAUUCGUAUGAAAAUGCGAACAACGUAAAACGUAAACGAUCUCACACGGGUACCAAUAAAAAUAUUAUUAUUAUUGUUACUCUGCAAAUAUAACAUAAUGUAUAACGAAACAAGGGAACAAACGAAUUAUUUUUUGCGUUUAGUUAAUUUUACACAAUUAUAACAGAUUAGAAAUCUCAGUAUUGUUUAAGUAAGAAAGAUCCUACUGAUCAAUAUGAAUUAAGUGAUGGCACCUGCAAAAGAUAAAUGGAUUAGACGUUUUAUAAUUACUGAAACAAAGCGGCACAAGAAGGGCUUUACAAUUUAUAAAAUUACUUCUAUGGUAUUUCUGAAAUCCUCUCAUGAAGAAGUGUCAAAAGUGUCUGUGUGGAAGCGUUAUAAUGAUUUCAAAAAGCUUCAUGCAGAACUCGGUCACUUGCACAAGCGUUUUGGAACCAAAGAAAGUUUUCCACCUUUUCCCAAAUCAAAAUAUUUUGGCAGAUUUGAAGCCGAAGUCGUAGAGGAGAGGAAGAAAUAUGCUCUUAAGUUUUUGGAAUUUGUAGGACGAUACUCGUACUUAUAUUCAAGCGAUAUAUUUAUAACAUUCUUUGAAACUAGUCAUGCAGAUACUUAUAGUAGUGAUUGCGCACAUUCCUUGAGCUCAGACACGUCUGAAGAUGAUCGUGUUGCUUUAAGUGAUCCUGUGCUUGUAAAUGAUAAUACAGUGCAAAGUACCUUUGAAAUUCCAUGUUCAUUAAAAGCAUCUCAUAAUGUAUUAACAAAUCCAUGUCCUUUGUCAAAUGUUAUUUGUGCAAACAAGAAUGAAUUUGCACAUCGAAGAAAGAAUGACUCUCAUGACAGUAUUAAUUUACAGAAUGCUAACGUUAAUAGAAAAGAAAGCUGUAAAACAGCAAAAUUACAAAUGCAAGACGCUAUUACUAAAGAAUAUGAUGCACAUCAAAACAAAAGUUUUGAUAAGAACAACAUGGUAACACUCAGCGAUGUAUCAGGAUUUGAUAGUCUGAACAACAAUAUCAGUAAACCCUUUUUAAAUUAUGAUACACAUUCUACAUAUUCUGUAAUAAUACAAGAGGAGGUAAAUGAUUCACAGGCACAGCCAGAUUCUACACAGUAUCUCUUAAUAGCAGCUGCUCACAUAAGUGCAGCCUUUAAACAUGAAUCUAUAGCCGAAUAUGAGGAAGCUUUUACACAAUACAAACUGGGAAUAUCAUGUCUGAUAAACGGUGUACAAUUUGAUCCAGACAGUACAAGAGUACCAGGCAUAAAAGAUAAGAUAUCAAAGUAUUUAGCACGGGCUGAACAGUUAUAUAACGAACAUUUAAAUUGUAACAUUUAAAAAAAAAAAAAGCCAAUAUCUGAGCUUCAAUAUUAUAAAGUGCUUAAAAUAAUGAAAUCCGUGAUGCUCGUAAUGGAUAUACGUGCAAAUUGUAAAAGAAUAAUCAAGACUGUAGAAAAAUCUUGUAUUUACGAGGAUAGUGUAAGCAAUUAUGUAUUACAUAAACAAGUACCAUAUAUGGUACAUUUAUAUGCAUGUACUGAAACUGAGACUACUAUAUUUUUAAUCCUACAAUAUGCAAGUUGUGGAAGACUAUGGGACUUCAUAAGAUUACAUUACAAAGAAUUUGACAGUCUAUAUGAUGUAACUUCAAAUCACACAUAUAUAAAUAAAGAUGUCAAUGGAGAAAUCAGCAGCAAUGAAAAUAUUUAUGAACCAAAUAAAGCGGAUAUAGUUAGAGAAAACAAUAAAGUACAGGGAAAUCAUCGAUGUACAACAGAUGAUCAAAGUGAGAUCUAUAUGGAAAUGCCUACUAUACAAUUAUUAGAAAAAUCGCAAGAAUUAUUACAAUCCGUUAGUGCAACAUUAAAGAAAAGCAAUUCUAUUGCAAAUCGAUUAAAUGAGUGUAAGGAACUGAGACAUUCAGAAAGUACACCAUCGCUGAAUGCGAAGACUGUUACACAAAUCCCUCAAGAAUCAGAUCUUACGUUAUCUAAUGUUUAUCACAAUAAAUCAUUAAAUACUAGUAAUACAAAAGUAGAUGACAUUAUUGUUGCAGAGAAUCCUUUGACAAAAGGUUUCAUAAAGAAUAAAGAUUUGAAAGGCAAUAAUUCUUUAUUAAUGAACAAUAACGAAAAUUCAAAUGAGUCAAGAAAAAUUUGUGCACCUGUAUUAAAUGGAAGUUAUGCGACUCGCGAAUCACUCAAAAAUAAUAAAAUGGGCAAUUUAUUAUAUAACAAUUCUACUUCAAAAACUAUUUCAAUGCAGAAUGGCUUGACCAAUAAUGUAUUACAGAUCUGUGAGAACAAUAAUACUGAAAGUAUAUCCGAUCAGAUAAAUUCAUCAAACAUUAAUUAUAACAUUGAUGAGACACAAUAUAUGACUAAAGAAAAUAAUAUAGAUGAACAGGAGUUUUGGCAAGUACCGGAAACUGUAAUUCGGUCAUGGGCAGCUGAAAUUCUUUUAGCUUUAGAAGCACUUCAUCAGCAAAAUAUCAUGAUUCUCGAUUUCAAAUCUGAUAAUAUUCUUCUGGAUGACGCAGGACAUAUCCGGCUUACUUAUAUUAUACCACAGCACAAUGUUGAAUUAUCUAAAUUAACAUAUCCAUAUUCGUCACCUGAGUCAGUAAUGUUUUCUCCGACCAUUCCUGUUACAUCCGCUACAGAUGUUUGGAGUUUCGGAGUUAUUUUGUAUGAACUACUUACUGGCACUAUGUUUAUCAGAAAUCAUCCAGGAUCAUUUCAUUCACAUUCUACAAUCAACAUUCCUAGCAGAUUAUCGAAAAGUGCAAAAUCUUUGUUAUGUGGCAUGUUAAAAUAUCAUCCAGAAGAGCGACUGACGAUAGAUGAAAUAAAGCGUCAUCCGUUUUUCGCAAGAACUGAUUGGUUAAAUAUGAUUUCUUAAACUUAAUGUUUAUUAGGGAAUUUAUAAAUUUCAUUGCUUGUUAUAAUAAUUGUAUAAAUAUUUAUUAUGUAA